UUGUCAAACUCUAACCUUACUUUUAUCAACUUUCCAGUCAUUGCUCAAUAAAAAUAGCAUGUAAUGUGUAAUUUCCCAAUAUAUAUUUUGCAAAACAUUACAAAUAAUUAGGGCACAUAAUGGAUAUUCCUUAUGGAAAAAUUGUCAUUUAUUGUUUAACGUUUAUAGCCUAUAUUUAUUUGGGUUUUGGGUCUGGCAUAUUAGAGAAUUUACGUGAUGCAGUUCUAGCAGCUGAAAAUGUUUUUGGAGACGUCUUGCAAAAUGUUGUAACUGUUGCGAAGAAUUUCAAGAGUAUUCAUGAAGUUUUUGACGCAGCUGUAGAAGAAAAUUGUGUUUUUAAAUGCCCUACUGCAGGAGUCAAACCUGUGCCAAAUAGAAAUCAUAUCCCAAAAGGUAAUGGCUGUGGCUCCUUGGGAUUAAAAAUUGAUAGCCAGUAUCUACCAGUUGGAGAGAUGACUAAGUGUUGUGAUCAGCACGACAUUUGCUAUGACACUUGUAAUAAGGACAAAGAAUUAUGUGAUCUAGAAUUUAGAAGGUGUUUAUAUAAGUACUGUGAAUCAUAUAAGCCCACAGUUGGUGAAACUAUCGUGAAAACUUGUAAAGGGGCAGCUAAAACCUUAUUUACUGGAACAAUGGCCCUUGGCUGUAAAUCAUACCUAGAUGCCCAAAAAGAAGCAUGCUACUGUCCUCCAACUUACGGCUGGAAGCAGAAGAGGAAGAAAUAUUCUGCAGGUGAUGAAUUGUAAAUUGUAAUCAUCUUGUGAUGCUGUAUUUAUUUCUUUAUUUAAUUUAUGAAUUGGUUAAUUGUAUAAAAUAUUAUGUUUCAUAGACAUUAAUGAAUAGAAUAGAACAGUUUUA